CUGGGAUUAAAAUGGCGGACAAGAGAAAUGAUUCUGGUAGUGAAAAUGGGGGUGAAGAUACGGUAGUUGGGAAUGUCAGUAAGUUUCUCGUCAUUCCCACUGGUUACACUGGACAUCCUAAGAAGGGACAUUUAAUAUUUGAUGCCUGCUUUGAAAGCGGAAAUCUAGGUCGUGUUGACUACAUCUCAGAAUUUGAAUACGAUCUGUUUAUCAGACCAGAUACAUGCAAUCCUCGUUUUAGAGUCUGGUUUGACUUUACUGUGGAAAAUAUGAAGGAAUAUCAGAGAGUAAUUUUUAAUAUUGUCAACUUCAGCAAAACGAAGAGCCUGUACAGAGAUGGAAUGACACCAGUUGUGAAAUCUACAAGCAGAUCAAAAUGGCAACGACUUCCUUCAAAAAAUGUCUAUUACUACCGCUGUCCAGAUCAUCGUAAAAACUACGUAAUGUCAUUUGCCUUUUGCUUCGAUCGGGAUAAUGAGGUUUACCAGUUUGCUUACUGUUAUCCUUACACCUAUACUCGCCUGCAACAUUACCUAGAUAACCUGGAGAGAAGGAAUAUGGAUUACUUCAAAAGAGAUUUGCUUGGUCUAAGUGUGCAACAACGGCGUCUUGACCUCUUGACAAUAACAAACCCUGUAAAUCUCAAUCCAGGAGUAGAACAAAAGAUUGUUUUCAUCACAGCCCGCGUACACCCUGGGGAAUCACCUGCAUCGUUUGUGUGCCAGGGUUUUAUUGAUUUUCUUGUCAGCCAGCACUCAGUCGCCAAGGCUCUCCGGGAUGUUCUGGUCUUUAAAAUAGUACCAAUGCUUAAUCCUGAUGGAGUAUUUUUGGGUAACUAUAGGUGCUCUUUAAUGGGGUUUGAUCUAAAUCGACACUGGCAGGAUCCCUCUGCUUGGGCUCAUCCUACACUUUAUGGCGUAAAGCAGCUAAUUGUACAAAUGUAUGAUAAUCCGAAAGCAAGCAUGGAAUUCUACAUUGACAUCCAUGCACAUUCAACUAUGAUGAAUGGAUUUAUGUAUGGAAACAUCUUUGAGGAUGAAGAGAGAUUCCAGAGGCAAGCAGUCUUUCCCCGGCUUCUGUGCCAAAACGCUGAGGAUUUUUCAUUUUCCAGUACUUGCUUUAACCGAGAUGCAGUGAAGGCAGGCACAGGACGCCGCUUCCUUGGUGGUCUUCUGGAUGACACCUCCUACUGCUACACACUGGAAGUUUCCUUUUACAGUUAUGUAGUAGGAGGAACUACCAGCACAGUUCCUUACACAGAAGAAGCCUAUAUGAAACUUGGAAACAACUUGGCUCGAACAUUCAUGGAUUACUACAAAACAAAUAAUGUGGCCAGUACAAAAUCUUUAGCAACAGUAGCAACCUUCAGCCGAGAAAAAUCACCUGGCCUCAGACACACAAACCAUCAAAGCAAUGAAAACAGCUCAGAAAACAGCAAGACAACAGUCACUGGAACCCGGACACAAGAAAUAAAUCGAAAAGAUUUUCGCUCCCAGGCAUCAUAACAAUCUUUUAAACAGCUGUGAAAAAGGCAUAAUGUGGUAAAGCAGUCCAGAUAUAUCAUCAGAAGAGAAGAAAUAUUUAUGUGAUCAUAUUCACUUCCAACUUAAAUCUUAAUACCUGUGGUUAUCAGCAUCUUCUUAAAGCUCAAAGGUUUAUGUAUUGCAGAUUUGAAAGUUUGUAGGUUAAAUGCAGUAAGUAUUUAAAAGAGAGAAUCUUUGGGCUGCAGUGAAUUUCAAUCUGCACAAGUGCCUCUCAUCUCUGCAUUUCUGUAAAAAGGAAAGUUGAACGAUAGCUAACGCAUGGAAUUAACCUUCCCAUGACAUGGAUUAAUAUGCAAUAGAUGAAAGUGUUUGCCUAAAUUACCAUAUUUAAAUUGUUUCCAUGGUUAA